AAUGAUCCAGCGACACCAACUAGUACAGUCUGUGCUCCAGGAGCUGCAGGAGGCGACUGAAUGCUUUGGGCUAGAGGGAUUAACUAGCGCAGCCUUGGAAUCUGAGAGGACGUUGUCCUCUUUUUCAUUACCCAGCUAUUGUGGGAGGCAGUUCCAGGAAGAGCUGGAAGUUGACCGCGUAGCUAAAAGUCUCUACCCAGAAGAUGCUCCUCACAAUAUGUUGCCUUUAGUUUGCAAAGGUGAUGGGAACCACUUGUUUGAGGCAGCAAGUGUGCUGUUGUGGGGUAACACUAGCUUAAGUCUGGAGUUACAGGUCCGCACAGCUGUGGAAAUGUUGCUUCACAAGCAGUACUAUUUCAAUGGCAUGAUUGAUUCCAAAGUGAUGCUGCAAGCUGCUCGCUACUCUCUUUGCACAGAGGAAUCUCCUGAGAUGACUAACUUACCUCUGGCCAUCCUAGAGGCUAUCUUUGAUGCUGACAUUAAAGCCACUUGCUUCCCUGGCACCUAUGCCAACAUGUGGCAUGUGUAUGCUCUGGCAUCUGUAUUGCAGUGCAACAUUUAUUCCAUCUACCCAAUGAGUAACCUUAAGAUACGGCCAUACUUCAACCGACUCAUCCGACCUAGAAAGUGUAGCUUGCAAAUCUCUACACUUCACAUCAUGUGGUCAGGGCAGCAGCUUUCUUCUCAGGUUUUCAAAGCUCAAUACUUUGUACCUGUCAUUGGUCUGGAAGAGCUGGAACCCACAACAUCCCUUCCAGAACCUCAGGUUCAGCCUGUGAAGACGCUGGAGUUGCUGAACAAGGAUCCUCAGGUGACUUACUCUAACCUACGUGAAAGAUAUAGCAUUACCAAAAGCACCUUCUAUCGAUGGAAACGCCAGUCACAAGAACAUAGACAGAAAGCAGCUGCCAGAUUUGCAGCCAAACACUUCUUGCAAUCCUGCUUUCAGGAGGGCACCACUGUUCCUCUUCAACACUUCCGACAGUUGUUCCCAGAAAUCUCUCGCUCCACUUACUAUGCCUGGAAGCAUGAGAUGCAAAGUGUCAUCAGUCGUGAGGUCUCUUCCUCUUCUGAUGUUGUCUUGUCCAAGGAUCCUCAUAUGUACAAGCUUCAGGCUAGUCCAGAUGGUGCAGCAAAAUCUGAAGGAGGCCAGAGCUCAAAAAGUCUCCUGAAUCAUACCAAAAAUGGGACCUCCAUGCAAGGAGCCAAGUCUUAUCUGGAAAAAUGCAUUUCCAUGAAUAGUCUUGUGCCAUACAGAAACUUUAAGCAUAGCUUUCCUGGCAUCUCCAGAUCAACAUAUUAUAACUGGAGGAGAAAAGCCAUCAAAGGGAACCCAAAUUUCAAGCCUUCCCAACCUCUUUCUGUAACCCAGAAAUCUCUUAGGACCAGGAAUCCGUAUCUGUCACUAAAGCCAGGAAAGCUGCCUAAUAUGAAGAUGGUCAGUGGACAACGUCCAGAGCCCCAAAUUCUCAUGGGUAUUAAGCCAUCUCUAUACAGUUGGCCAAAGCAACUUCGUGAGUUGGCCAGGAAGCGUGUUUGCCAGUGGAAAAUGCCUUUCUGUAAGUUUCGCCUGCGUUAUCCUAGUGUUUCUUCUACAGCCUAUUGGUUUUGGAGAAAAAAAAGUGUCAGGGAGACCAAAAAACAUUGCCUUUCCUCAAGAACAGUUUCCCAAAAUUUGCAACAGACUCCUACUUCUUCUGAGAUUAGUGGAAAGGCAGAGCUUAAAUUCCUUUCCACACAGCCAAAAGAGUUUGCUCCAGUGUCUGUGGAUAAGCAGAUGCCUAAAUCCUACAGCAAUACAAUUCCAGGUUAUCCAACAUCUGAAAAAGUCAAUAGCAGCAUGUUUGUAAUGGAUGUGAUUGCCACAGCUCAGUUCAAAGCCCAGGCCAAGCUGUUUCUCCAGCAGCGUUUUGAAUCAAAGACCUUUCCAACAUACAAGGAGUUCAGAGCCCACUUUCCCCUAACGGCACGCUCCACUUACUACAUGUGGAAACGUGCCCUUCAUGAUGGGCUAACUCUAGUGGAUGCUUAG